CACUGACGUUUCUAGCUGUCAGUGUGGUGCGCGAUUCAAAACAAACCAACCCCCGGCGGCCUCGACCGAGCAGCUUUUGCACACGUUCAUACCGCAAUGAAUCACCUUCGAGUGACCCUGCUGAGGCGGGUGGUGGUGUGCCAGCGGGCCGCCCUACAGUGUGCUGCCGCCGGUUCGUGUUACGGUGCCGGAGUGCUGCAGCAACACACCGUACCGUUUGCCAGACUGCUGUCCCAGUCCGUGCGCCACUGCCAGACGGUCCCGUCGGCGAAGCAGCAGGAAUCAACGGCCCACCAGUCCGAUCGAGCAGCAAAAGCGCCAUCCGGCAAGCAGCAGCAAAAGCCGGUCGACAGUGUACGGCUGGUGGACGAACUGCGGUCCGAUGCGAUCGUGUACCGGCGAGUGCAGCUGGAAAAGCUGAACCAACUGCUUGCGAAACCGUUCGAAAUACCGGCCGAUGCGUACGAGUUUUUGCUCCAGUGCUGUGGCUCCCUGCUCUGUGCGGAAACGCUCGAAACGCGCAUGAAGGUGUUCGAGCAGUUCUGGUUCUAUCUGGGCGAACCGCAGCAGAAACACUGGAAGGUGCUGCUACAGGUGUACCGGGAGAACGAGCGCACCAUCACGGACGUGCCGGCGUUUCUCGCGUCCAUGGGCGACACGGUCGAGAAGGAUGCCGACCUGUACCGGGGGCUGCUGGGGGUGCUGGCCGAGAAGGGAGACAUCGCGGAGAUGAAGCUCGUCGGGGAGAUGAUGAAGGAGCGCAACCUGCCGCUGACGGUCGACGUGAUCAACCUGAUGAUACGCGGGUACGGCCGGGCCGGCGAUCUGGACGGCGUGCAGAUGGUGCUGGAAACGAUGAGCGCCAGCAGCGUGUCGGCGAACGGCGAAACGUACGGCGAGCUGAUGAUUGCCUUCCUCGAGGACGGUAUGGGCGACCGGGUGCUGAAGAUGGUGCGCGAAAAGGGCUCGCAGCUGCAGGAGCGGCACGUGCUCGAGCUGCUCGCCCUCGCGCUCGGUGCGAAGGUGCAGCCGGAGCUGGUGCGCGCCCUGCUGAAGCUGCUGCCGGAGGAGCUGACCGGCGACGGCCGGAUCCAUCCCGUGCUGCGCAACGUGCUGAGCGGGCUGGUGCGGGCCGGCCAUCUCGACGGCAUGAUGGCACUGCUCGACGACCUGCCGGCACCGCAGUUCCGGGCGAACGAAAACACCGACGGCUACGGGACGUUCCUGAUGGUGGAGAUGCUGCGCAACGAUGUGCCGUUCGAUCGGCUGAACCGCUUCCUGCAAAGGCUGGUACAGACGGAGCGCAAUGCACGCGCGUACCAGGUCGCGUGCGAGUGCGCCGCCAAGGCGGGUCAUCCGUACUUUGCGCGGCUGCUGGCGGCGCUCGCGCCGCUCGAAGAUCUGCGCCCGCACUACUUCUGGCCACUGUUCAUGCAGCGCACCAAGACGGAUGGGGAGGCGGGCGUGCUGGGGGUGCUGCAGACGAUGCGCAAGCUGAAGGUGGACCCGGACCAGGAAACGCUCACCCAGUACGUGCUGCCCAAGCUGGCCCUCACGCUGAAGGAUUCCCGGGCGGCGCUGAAGAUUUUCGAAGCGUGCGGCGUACGGACGGCCGUACUGAUGACACCGUUCAUAUCGCACCUGCUCUACCAGAACCGGUUCGACGAGGUGCUCGAGAUUGUGCGCCUCUACCCGACCAAGCUCGACACGGAGACGCUCCUGUGGCCGCUGAUCCUGCAAGCGAACGUGAACCGCUCCGGCGCCCACCAGCGCAAGCUUGCGGAGGUUAUACGCGCGAUCGGCGAACGGUCGGCUGACACGCGGCACGAUCUAGCCGGCCAGCUGCUGCUCGAGCUGAUCAGCAACAAGAAGAGCAAGCACGACGCGGCCAGCCUGCGGGCGCUGCUCGCCGAGUUCGACCGGUUCGAGAUCAAGAUAUCGCGCAUGGCGGCCGGCGUGCUGAAGAACCAUUUCGGGCGUGCGGGGAAAGCAACGGGUGCGAACGAGGGCGAAGCGACCGAUGCGCUGCUGAAGAAGGUCACCGACGACCAGCUGACCAUCCUGUCGAAGGAGCUGUUCGACACGAUCGGUGUGCAUCCGCGCGACAUGAGCUACGACGAGCUGGAGUGCCACCUGGUGGAGCUCGAGCAGAAGAAGCUGAAUACGCGCGGCGUGCUGCGCCGCCUGCUGCAGCUCAGUGUGCGCGAGGGCCGGUACAAGCGGGCGCUCGAGCUGAAGCAGAAGUGCGACCAGGCGAAGGUGGACCAAAGCUCCGGCAUGCUCGCGUCCGUGGUCGAGCUGUACACGAAGGUGGGCAACCCGGAGCAGGCCGGCCGCACGCUCGAGCAGCUGCGCAAACAGUUUCCCGGCUUCGUGGUGGACGAGCACAAGAUACUGGACUACGCGGCGCUGCUGGUCGAGCGCGGCCAGCUCGACGGUGCGAAGAAGGUGCUGCGCGAACGCGCAGCCGGCGGUGGUAAGCUGCGCGGCGCCGACGAAGGCUCCACCAGCAAAAACGUUUGGAAUCUGCUCACCAACACGGCACAGUGGGCGGCGGCGGCCAACGCCAAAGGCGAGCAGGGUGGAAGUGCCUCUCCCAACACCACCCAACAGCUGCUCGAUUUGCUCGUCCAGCUCGGGUACUGUAACUACGACAACGCACUGCUCGGGCCGGUGCUGCGCGAGUACCUGCUGGCCGGCCACCGGCGGGCCGCCAUCGACGAGUUCAAACGGAUCGCCACCGAGAAACGGCGGACACCGUUGCAGCUGGAAAUCAUGACGCUGCUGGUGGAGCUUACCAACGGCCAGCAGCAGGAGGACAUUUCACCAGCCGAAGCCAAAGCGCUGCUUAGCGAAACGAUCCAAAUCGUGUCGCAAAUUCACGGGCCAGUCAACACGAACAACACGCUGAUCGUGGCACUGGCGGUCGGCGGCACCGAGGCACAGCUGCGCCGCAUGCUUAUCAAUCCGGAGGUGCGCGUCAACCACGAGUACAUCCUCACGCAGUGCGAGUUUCUCGUCGGCAGCGGCAAGCUCGAGCCCGUGCUGCGGUUGGCCAAGUGCGCCAAGGGGCUGGCGAAUGUGCGCGAGUCCGACUUUCUGCAGCUGGCCCUCGGGCAGUACGUGCGGGACAACAACUGCGAAGCGGCCGUCCAGCUCUUCCAGCGGCUGCUGGACGAGGGCGACGAGCUGAAGAUCACGACCGAGUUCGCGCGCAAGCUGUCCGAUCUGCUCGAGGCGAACAACUACGAACUGCCGGCCGGGUUGCAGAUGUACCUGAAGUGAUGAUUGAGCAGGGUCGGCAGCAUGGACGUGUAAAUAGUUUUAGUUAUUUUUGGUUUUUUUUUGCUUAGCAUAAUGCCCGAACGUACUUGGCACAGAUUAGCCUAAGUAAUCGCAAUAAAGUGCAUAAUCCUUAUGUAGGGUAAGAGAGAGAAAGAGAGAGAGAGAGAGAGAGAGAGAGAGAGAGAGAGAGAGAGAGAGAGAGAGGGGGGGGAGCGAUCGACAGUAGAAUAAACUCAAUCAUUGUUGCAAAGAAAAAUGAAAUUAAGUUUUCCAAUUCCUAAAAUAGACACGCGCUGCUGUUGUCGUCGCUUGACGUUGUUUUCAACUAAUUAGAUCGAUUGUCGCACCGAUCAUGCUUGGUGCUAUUUUUAUGCAUCACGAACAAUGUUGAUCGAUCGGUUUCGUACCAGAGCUCGAUGGAUGGCCGACUUGUGGGAAGCAUGCGAAGCGAACUUGCCCACUAACACAAGUACUCAAACAAAGCCGGUUUUCUGGACACGUUGCAGCAAUAAGAGGAACAACAGCAGUACAUACAGUGAAUCAAAUCCAAUGCUGACCGUUUCUUUCAAAAGUUAUUGCUAAAAAUAAUAAAGAAAAGAAAAACCAUUAAUUUAUUCUAAAACUGUGCCAUUCGAAUUCUUCUGAAGAGUUAUCGAAAUAUAUAUAUAUAUAUAUAUGUAUAUGUAUGUAUCUUUAUCUGUAUAUAUCUGUUCAAUAUAUAUAUGUGGUUUUAUGUGUCCGUACAGUACAUAGUAAGAUGCCACACGAAAGGACUGCCGGAGGGACACGGGAGUGUUGUUCUGCUGGAAGAAGGGGGGAAAUAUCAAUUACUUUAACUACACACUAUCCGCCACAUAAACUAUGUUUACGCGGCCGCGCCAUGGCGCAAUUGCUCCGUUUUGCUUCCCGGGGUUCUUUUUUUUUGUUGUUAUCGUAAUUUGCCAGCAAACAGAUACACACGGCUAGAUCCGUGUCACUCGCGUGCUCUUUUUAAUCACGCAAAAAUGGUACAGAGAGUUAAAUUCAAUCGCUUAUGCUCAUUACAUGUGUUUUGAGUGUGUAUUGUGUGUGUUUGUGUGUGCAUUGCAACACCAACAGUGUACUGAGGUGUACAUAUAAAUACCGGAUGGCAGCAUAACCGUUAUUUUGUUUUGGUUUUUUUAUAUGUUCGUUUUAGGAAGAUGAUCGCGGGUGGUUUGUUUUGUGGUAAUUUUGAUUCUGGCCGUGCCCGAUCGGGCGAUCGGGCGGUUUCUUUUUUUGUAGAGUUUUAAAACCAUUUCAGGUUUCCUCGGGAUGAUGAAACGAAGGGUACGAUGGUUAGCAUCAUUGAUCGUCACCAUCAUCCUCAUGGCAUUCGAAGUUGUGUCGCAUCAGCAUCAUGAAGAAAGCGAGCGAACGUGCAACAAAUUUCCAAACCUAAUAAAGCCCUGCUUUGUUUUUCCUGCUACGCACCAGAUCACUCUUUUUUAACGCCAGUACAGGUUUAGUUGAGUUACGAAAAUACAAAACAUCUAUGAACAAACUGAACAAGCAAGGCAUCAAAUCAACGCGGAAACGAUUUAAAGCUAAACAGUUCUAUACUACACUGUUCCUUCAACAAUCCCUCUCCACUCAUUCAAAUACUAGAGUCUUUUCCGUUUUCGCGCCACAGUCUCUUCAAAGCCGAACCAAAUAAGGUGUACA